AUGUUGGAAGGGUACUCCCAUCUUCUCCUGGUUCAGCUUGAGGUCACCGCUCGCAUAGUACAGGACCAGCUACGUGGUGAUAAGGUCAACGAGAUCCGCGUCAAGUUUGUUCGCCGAAUAAAGGAGAUCUGCAUCUGGAAAAAUGCGUUGUCGCCUCCUGCAAACUGUCCCUUUAAACUGAUUUUGGCGAUAAAGAUCCUUGACUGUCUUCUCUUUGCACGCAUUGCUAAGUUCAUGACCGCCGUACCUCUGCUCACUCCGACCAACAUCAAGGAAGCCUGGCUCAUAAAGGGUCUCCGUUUACUCUACUCACAGAAACCCGAGGACGGCACUCGUCUUCGUCGUUUCUACAAGGAUGCUUGUGAUAACGAGGCACAUGUGCUGCGUACCACUCUUUCCGAAGCCCUUAGAGAAUCUAAAGAGGACGGUGCUGAGGUUAGCUAUUUUUCCAUUUCCCUCGCCAAACUCCCCAUAUUUUAUUAA